UUAUUAUUCGUCAACUAAAAAAGGUGAUUUGUUCUAUGCGGUGACUGCAUUAGAACAAAAACUACAUGGGUAGCGUUUUGUGGCGAUCAAAUAAAAUACGACGCUUAAUUAUGAUGGUAACCAUUGAACACUUUUAUCAAUUGCAAAAACGUGUCACGAACUCUGAGGUAAUGCUUGGUGGCAGUGCGGAUCGUUUAUGCACACCAAGCACAUCAGCUGGCCCCUUUCGAAUAUUUUCUGUUGCUGGGUUCCAAAAUAGGACCAACGAUAUAGUUUAUUGUCCGCCAAUCAUAAGGCAACAUAAUCAAAAUGUGGACGAUUCUACGGCUGUUGUCUACUUCGGUGGGGAUGUACAGGAUUUCCCAGAAAGUAUGGAAACCAAUCGGGACAGUCGGGGUUACAUGAAAUACAAUCUAGAAAAUUCCGCCAUUCUAUUGCGUGAAGCAUUUCCACGGUCCCAUAUUAUAGUCGUGAGACCUGUGAGAAUGGAAUUUAAGACAUUCAGCUGUUUUGAUAAUUUUGUGCGAGGAAAUAAUGCUGGUGUGCCGGAUCACACGCCAAUGAAUCAUGCGCUACAACAUUUGGAAAAAUUAUUACAAAACUUAUCUCAACGCUUGAUAUCGAUACCAGAAAAUGAAAUAUUAGACCAGGCAGCCCAGGCUGCAGCCGCUGUUGCAGCUGCUGCUGCCGCCGCUGCUUUAGUCUCAUCUACAUUGUCAAGUGCUUCUUCCGAUUCCUCAUCGUCAUCAUCAAACGCAAGUGAUAGCAGUCAAGAGAUGGACAUCGAUAUUUUACAGGUUCAAGAAAAUGUAACUGUUGACGCGGACGGAGCCGUUAUAUUUCCAAAUUCUACUGAUGUAAAUUCCCCAUCUACAAGUGGAUCCAUCCGAUGUUCAGAUAAUGGGACAAAUGAGGGAGGCUCAAUAUUAAUCAACAAUCCUUGUGACACAUCGCCAUCUGCUUCUAUUAUCAAUCCAGCACAACAGAAUUUAGCGCAAACUGAGCAGAAUCAUGACAAAAUGCAACAUUACAACAAUUUAAAUAACAGUAACGAUUGUUCGUCUCAACAUCGACAACAGCAUCAGAUUCCAACACAGUUGUCCACUUCGCAACAACACUCUAAUCCAUUGUGGUGGCGUGAGAACCUGAAUUUAGACAAGUCCAAAUUAAUUUUGAUCGGCUUCAGCAAGGGCUGUGUCGUACUCAAUCAAUUCAUUUAUGAGUUUCACUAUUUGAAAACACUAACUCCAGAUGAUAGCACUAUGGGGCGAUUGCUCUCACGCAUCAAAGAUAUGUAUUGGUUGGACGGCGGACAUGGAGGUCAGAAAAAUACAUGGAUUACAUCAAGAAGUUUGCUGGAGACUUUAACCAGAAUGGCUAUAAACAUACACGUACAUUUAACCCCAUACCAAGUACAGGAUGACCGCCGACCCUGGAUUCGAAAGGAAGAAAAAAUAUUUACUGAUUUACUCAGACGUUUAGGGGCACAAAUAACACGGCAUUUGCACUACGACAGCCAAACUGCUAAUUUGAUGACUCAUUUCGAAGUAUUACAGGCUUUUUGUCAACACAUUCACAACCAAAAUCAACAAAUACAGUCGGGGUCAAUGCAACAGCAGGUGCAGGUGGCAACACAACCCAAUGUACAAAAUAGUGAACAUCAACAGCAGCAGCAUCCACUUCAACACCAACCACAGGCCAAUGAAGAAAAGUGACAUCGCCACCACCAUCAUCAUCACCACCACCGACGACGGUCUAAUCACUUUCAUUAUCACAACUUCCACAACAAUCACGGUAAACAGCUGUCACACAAACACAAACAGUCGAAGUCGAUGCAACAUCAUCAGCAUAGUCAACAGCAACAGCAGAAUCACAUAUUGCAUUGUAUAGCUUCUGCGGCAGUAGCUGCUGCGUCGUCAUCUACAAGUGGGUUGGCCGCAGCAGCCGCUGCUCUCGUCAUAAACAGCAGCACUGUUGCCGCCGCAAACGCUGCUGGUUCGGCUACUCUUUCGGCAUCCUCGUCAUUAGCGACUAAUUCAAUUGUAAAUAUAAAUCAUACAAACCAUUUAUUUAACUAUCAAUCUUACCAAUCUACGUCGCAAAGAUAUCGCCCCAAUUACAAUAUGCUACUGAACAACACUCCGAUGCAAAAUAACCCUACCCAAACGCAAUCUGCAACUGCAAACAACAUAAUAAACGUGUCCGCAACAUCUUCACACAAUUCCAAUUAUAACAAUAGUAAUCACCAUAAUCAUCAUCACCAUCACCACCACCACAAUCAUCAAUGUAAGUCGAAGCGUAAAUUACAAAAAUUGUAUUAUACCCUAUGUCGCUGAAUCUCUUGCGAUUGGAAUAGUUUUUGUCCAAGCCUUCAACGUUUCCUCAUCGGAGGAAUGUAGAGAGUAGAAGGUAAAUUCUCUUUAAACUAUAUGUAA